UGCGCCCAUGCGGCAACUCUGCGAUGCAGAAGAGAAACCAACAAUAUGGUUUGCAAUGCCUGACAAUUUUAUCUAGCAAAUGCCUUGAGCUUGAAACGGAAUGAAAUCUCUGUCGAAUCUUUACCGUUUAAAUCCCGGAGUUGAUCAAAUAAGGACAAUCAAGUAUCAACUUGCAAAUUUGUUAACAAAACUGCAUAAAAACCACGUGGUUCAGUCGAGAUGUAAACAAACUUUCGGUUUGACAGUAAGAAAACGGAACAAUACAUUCGAUUGUUCACGACCUUUGUCGUACUCAGUUAUCCGUCAGAGGAAACUGGUACUGGGGAUAGAGACGAGUUUUGAUGACACGGGAGCAGCAGUUGUGGACGAUGAUGGAAAUGUCUUGGGAGAUGCGCUCGAGAGUCAGACGAAGGUUCAUGUGGAAUUUGGAGGAGCCAAGCCUGAUGUUGCAAUGAAAAUUCACAAGCAGAACAUCCGUCCAGUGGUUGAUAGAGCCCUAUGUGAUGCUAACGUCAGUCUCAAGGAUCUUGAUGCCAUUGCAGUGACAACCAAGCCUGGAUUAGAACCAUGUCUGUAUGUUGGCCUUAACUAUGCUAAAGAACUGGUAGCCAAGUCUGGAAAGCCGAUGAUACCAAUCCACCACAUGGAGGCUCAUGCUCUCACAGUUCGGAUGAUCCACAAAGUGGACUUUCCAUUCCUGGUUCUGUUGGUGAGUGGAGGUCAUGCACUUUUGACAGUGGCCCAAGGAGUUGAUGACUUUCUGUUGCUUGGUAAAGGACUGGACAAUGCACCUGGAGAUACCUUGGACAAAGUAUCCAGGUCCUUGAAUCUGAAGGUGUUACCAGAGUGUCAGGGGCUGAGUGGAGGUGCAGCCAUAGAGAGGGUAGCAAGAGGAGGUAAUCAUAAGGCAAUCCCAUUUUCAAGCACCUCCUUAGGCCAACCAAACUGUGACUUUAGUUUUAGUGGAAUUCAAACAUCUGCCAAGGUUCGGAUAGAAGCUAUACGAAAAAAACACAAUCUUACGGAAGAAGAUAUAAUCCCCAAUGUGUCUGACUUCUGUGCAAGUUUUCAACACGGUGUUAUGGUACAACUUCUUCGCAGAUUACAGCGGGCAUUUCUGUUUUGUCAGCAGAAAGGAAUCACCAGUAAACAACCAACAUUGGUAGUGUCUGGAGGUGUAGCCAGUAACCAGAUAUUGAGAUGUGGGUUUGAGGCUGUUUGUGCAGAAAGUGGCUACAACUUGGUGUGUCCUCCACCGUCACUCUGUACAGAUAAUGGUAUUAUGAUAGCUUGGAACGGUAUGGAGAAGUUACUCCAUGGAACGGGGAUAGAAGCAGAUCCUCAGUCUUUGAAGGCAGUCCCUACUAAAGUCCUAGCCAGCUGUCCAAUUGGUGAAAGCGUUAGGGAAGAACUAGUUGCUUGUCAAAUAAAGCUCCCAAAGUCUAAACCUCUCCAUACUCGCUUGAACUCCAUCUACACUGCUGAGGAACCUGAUUCACAAAAUGGAUUGUAGCCGAUGUUUCCAAGUAUUGAUUGUGAUAUUUCAAUGUGGGAUCAGUUCCUACAAAAAGCUACCAGAAAUGAUGAAGUUACUGAUGUGUGCGGAGGACUCCUGUAGUGAUGACAGCGUAAUGAACCAUGAGAAUUUGUUGAUAUGCCACAAUAAGAUAGUUAUGAAUUGAAAAUGUGACUUUUUUUCCCCAAUAACAACUUAAUUAAAUGCAAAGUGUCAAUAAAUGCAAGAAAUAAUGAAAAAGUAUCUAGCAGUUGUACAUAGGGAAAAAAAGUAAAAUUUUUCUAAGAACAAGAUACAA